AAGUGGAGCGGAGAGAGAGAAAGCGAAAGAGAGAGAAAGCGAGCUAUUUGCUUCGUCGUCUUGGCUUAACCUCCUUCCCCCUUUUUCCACUCCAAAAUUUCCAGCAUCCGAUUGAAAAACCUCGCGCUCUCCCCGCGCCGCCGCCGCUCCCUUUGUCUCCUCCGGUUCCACCACUCCGACGGACACUGCCCUUCCUCGAUCUCCCCGCCUUCGCCUCUCGAUCUGCGGACGCGAAUUGAUUGGAAUCCUGGACGCUACCAGGGGAUCGGUUCUCGCCGCUGGCAUCCUAGGCCAGUUCGAGGCUUCUUUUCCGUAUUUCCUUGUCGGAAUCUUCGGCCUAUGAUUCAACGGCGUCGAUGGAACCAGGGAAUCCAUCUGCUCACGCAUCGGCCUCGUCUGAUUUCCCUCCGAAGAAACCCAUCCGUCAUCUGGAUUUCACCACCCAUGAAUAUCCGAGUUCUCCCCCUCCUCUAACAUCUUCGGGGCACAUAGAGCAUCCGCCACAUCAACCGCAACAACAGCUGCCGCCUCCGCAGCCUCAACACCAGCAGCAACCGCUGCCAGUUCCUAUGCCGAUGUUGUCUCCGCUUCCGGCCUCCCGCCCUGUGGUUCCUUUUCCGGUCAGGUCAGAAUCUCCAAGGCAACUAUCACAACCAGGAUAUGCAACCAAAGAAGGCACUCCUAGAAAGAAGAAUUGCAACUGCAAACAUUCAAAAUGCUUGAAGUUGUAUUGUGAAUGUUUUGCAUCUGGAGUAUACUGUGACGGUUGCAACUGCACAAACUGCUGUAACAAUGCUGAAAAUGGAGCUACUAGGCAUGAAGCUAUUGAAGCUAUUCUAGAACGCAAUCCUAAUGCCUUCAGGCCUAAGAUUGGUAGUAGCCCUCAUGCACCUAGGGAUAAUAAGGAUGAGGCUGGAGAGCUGCCUUUUGUGGGAAAACACAACAAGGGAUGCCAUUGCAAGAAGUCUGGAUGCCUCAAGAAGUACUGCGAGUGCUUCCAAGCAAGUAUUCUGUGCUCUGAUAAUUGCAAAUGCAUGGAUUGUAAGAAUUUUGAAGGCAGUGAAGAGAGGAAAGCUCUCUUUCACAGUAAUCAUGGAAGCAUGCUAUACAUGCAACAGGCUAAUGCAGCCUUAAAUGGAGCUAUUGGACCCUCAGGGUUCAGCUUUCCAUCUUCUAAGAGGAGGAGAAAUCAGAGCCUCUUUACUGGUACAGCCAUAAAAGAUCAAUCCUUUCACAGGCAAUCACAACUCCCACAGCAGGCUAGUCAAGCGAAGGCUUCAGUUCCAGCUUCUUCUUUUAAUUGUCUUCCUGUGACACAUUCUACUAUUCCUACUACACCAGCUACUACGAAAGUCACUUAUGGGUCUCUUCUAUCGGAUGUAGUUCAAGCGGAGCACAUUACUGACCUCUGCAAGCUUCUGGUGGUUGUAUCUGAGCAUGUAGCCAAAACAUUUCCUGAUGGAAAAGCAAACUCCUCAGUUGAGAAGGAUGAGUAUGUUGGAAGUCUUAUUGCUUCCCCAAACCAAGAUGCAGAUGAUCAGCGACAAGAUGAUCCAAGUGUUCAGCCUGGGUCAGCAGAUCACAAUUCAGAAAAUAUUCCUGCGUACAAAAUCAAGGCAGAAGAGACUGACCCUGUCUGUGAAGGCACACAGCAAGGGCAGAGACCAAUGUCUCCAGGAACACUGGCCCUAAUGUGCGACGAGCAAGACACAAUGUUCAUGACGUCUCAAUACCCUUGUACUUCUCUAUCUUCUCACAGCAAUCAGAGAACAUCAGAGAUCUUUGUAGAGCAAGAAAGGUGUGUGUUGUCAGAGUUCCGGAACUGCCUUCGUCAAAUUGUGAAUUCGGGGAGAUUCAAAGAAGAGAGAUUCAAAUCCAUGGUUGGAAAACCUGAAACAUCAGAUUUCCAUGGAUCACCUGCACCUGGUUUUGCUAGAGCUCCAACACCUGCGGCAGCGCUACCUCAAACAUCAAAACCAAACCCUGUUAAUUUCAGUAAUGAUGACCAACAAGUAGGACGGUCAGUCACAAGGAAUGGAGAGAUCAAGUUCAAAGUAGAGAACCCCGACUUGUAG